UCACCCUACCAAGAAGAAUAACAUUGAAUUCCGGCUGUUUUAUCCGUAUUAUCUUGCAAAAUGCCCGCCCAACGUCAGUGCAUUGUGGUCAACAUGCGCUCCGCCCUCGCCCUGAUCGUAAUCUUUGUGCUGACAGGGAUUAGGAACAGCGAAACGGCCAGUGGCGGCAAUCAGAUGGACCUGUCGGAUGCGAAAGGCGACCACAAGGAUAACACGAGCAAUAACAAUGGCAACGGAAACGCCAAUGGCAAUAGCAACGACAACGAGGUGCAUAUGACGCCGCUGGUCUCCAAGAACGGGGGCGUGGGCCUGGACAACACAACCGCCCACAGCAGCAGCAGCAAUGGGAUCAACAAUAAUAUGCUGUGUCCGUACGACAAGGAUACGCCCUGCGAGCGCCUGCAGUUUCCGUGCAUUCGGUGUGCCUACAACAAUGCCUGUUUGUACGGCCGAGAAGUGAACGUGACCUGCGAGAUUAUCGGCAAUGUGCAGUGCCAGGGCGAGCGGAGCUUCCAGCGACAGAUGAACUGCAGGUACUGCUACCAAACGGAGCUCUGGCAGCAGAACUGCUUUCAGCACGCCAACUGCAAUUCCAUAGCGGACAAGUACUACCGCACCAACUGCACCGUGCACCAGGAUGUGCUGUGCCUGGGCAACCGCUCCUUCACCCGCAAUCUGCGCUGCAACUGGACGCAGGGCUAUCGCUGGAGCACCGCCCUCCUGAUAAGCCUCACCCUGGGCGGCUUCGGGGCCGAUCGCUUCUACUUGGGCCACUGGCAGGAGGGCAUUGGCAAGCUGUUUAGCUUCGGGGGACUCGGCGUUUGGACGAUCAUCGAUGUCCUGCUUAUCUCGAUGCAUUACUUGGGUCCCGCGGAUGGGUCACUGUAUAUUUAGUUUGGAUUUUAGGGCCGGGGGAACUAGGUGGGAAUACUGCAUGCCGAAAUCAUAGACUGUAAGCAAUGUUUCCAUUACUGUGUAUAUUAAAUGUAAUAACUAAUAAGUACUGAUUAAAGGAUGGCAAGGAGUGUGUUAAGCUACUAACUUGAGCCUUCGGAAGGUUGAUGCGGCAAAGUGGAAUGUAAAUAUGAUUUAAUUAUAGACGAAUUUAUGCUGGGAUCAAAUCGUGUUUCGUACUGCCAUCUCUUUCUGAUUGAUGAAAUCCCUUUUAGUAUGUAUGUUCUUCUCAGUCUCUCAAGCGGCCCGUCCACAGUAUGUUGGCCGAGCAUGUUGAGCUCGACGCAAUUUCCAUCGUUAGUACAAAUUUUGUGUUGGUCGUGCCACUCGAACUGCUUGUGUUCGCAACAACAUGCUCGACAACGUUGGCACGAACAUCAUUUGUGAAAUCGUUUACUAGGCAGAGCUCGUGUUUGCGCAGCGCAAAAUGAGCAAAAAAUUUUUACAAGAAUUCAUUAUUUGUCUGGAAAAGCAGCCUGCUAUAUGGCAUGCAAAAUGCGAGGCCUAUAAAAAUAAAAAUUUACGAAACACGGCAUGGGAAGUGCUACUGGAGAAAUAUAAAGAAAUCGAUGAGGACGCCACAAUAGACACAGUGAAAAAAAAAGUUAACUCGUUGCGUGCGUCAUACAGACGAGAAUUGCUAAAAGUAAGAAGAAGUGCUGGAACGGACGAUGUGUACCAGCCGAACCUGUGGUACUUCAGCGAACUUUCCUUUCUGCAUGAGACAGAAUCCUCGGUCGAUGGAAUCACCAGUUUUGAUGACAGACAGGAAAACGAAAGACCGAAGGCGCCGAAACGAAAACAUGAUGAAUCAUCGGAGUUCCUACAGAAGACAGUAGGGCAUUUGGACAACAUCAACGGAAAGCAACCAAAAUGUGAAGCUGACAUAUAUGCUGAAGGAUGGGCUGCCAUGUUCAAGCAGUUGUCGAAGGAGCAGAAGCUUUUUGCCAAAAAAGGCAUAGACGAGCUCCUUAUGCAAGGCCGUAUGAACAUGCUGACAUAUCAAGGGGUGUCAAGCAUUGCAAACAUUCCGAAUAAAAUAAAUAUAAAAAAGAAAGAAAAUUCAAGUUGGCGAGCAUGUUCGCCAAUAUGUUCGCCAACAUGCUCACCUGUGGAUGGCCUGCCUUAGUUACAUUUGCAGAUUUACUGACUUUUCCAAGCUCUUUUUGAAAUUGACCGAUCGCUCGCUCAUAUGUGGGGAAUAUUAGAUGGUGAUUAAAUAUGAAUAAAAUGCACCCUGUUUUAAAUUCGUAAA